UUACGAAGGUGGUUGAUUGCCAUUAUGGCCAAAUGGGUGGUCAAACAAUCACUCCUUGCAUUACAAGUCACUUUUUUUUUUUUUUUUGUCAUAAUAAAGUUAUUGCAGUGGAUCUUAAUCCAAUCGAUUUAUCUUUGUUAGUAAAGCUUAGUUAUAUUUGUUGCAAUAAUUGCUGCCAUAUUUUUCAUUAUAUGAGUCAUAUCAAAGGAUAAAAAAUUCUUAAUCGUAUCAGAAAUGAAGAUCAUCAUGUCACUUGUCAACAUAAUUUAUAUGCAAUUAAUUGGGUAGGUAGAGCGAAAACUUAUGGUUUAAAUUGUUUAUAUCUAGUUUUUUUAGUAAAGAAAAUCGUAAUCUAAAAGUAUGAUUAAUAAAUAAAUUCACCACAUCUAGUGAUUAACUGUAAUUAUGUUCAAGGAACAAGUCCUACAAGACACCAACUAUCAACCUUACGACUUGUUUGAGUUGAAGUUUAUCAUUUAACGUAUAUAUAAAUAUGUAUAUAUAAAAAUUAUUCUACAUAUUUGUUCAAAAAUUUGGAAUACAUUUUCAUACGCGGUGAAAGACUUGAACGUAAAUGGGUUUUCUUGUGCCCAAUAACUUGUUUUACCAACUUCCAAAAAAUCUGAAUAUUCCUUCAUAAACUAUCUUUUUCUUUUUUCUUUUUUGAUGAAAUCAUAAACUAUCUUCUUCUUCGUCUGUCGCUUUUAACGAAGACUUGAACGGAAAUAUUUGUGAUCUUCUACUCUGAAGUCUUCUAAGGAGGACAAGAUCAAAGUUCUGAGCUUUGUUAGUACCAGCCCCUUCACGGUCAAUAUUAUUCGGUAUAUGUAUUCGGAGGACAUUGGCUCGGGAAAACAGAGGCCAUUGAAUUUUGAUAUCGCCAAAACUCAAAGCUCUGAUCUUUUCCUCAUUCCCUUCCCCGGAUGAUUGGAUUUCUGUCCUGUUAAACCCACCAUCUCUGUUUCUGACAAACCCAGAAACAGAAAUAACCCAAAAAACAGAGGAGGAAAAGAAAGAUGACAACCAAAAUCCAAAUCCUCCUACUCUCGAUCCUCCUCCUCCCCACAAUUUCCUUAGCAAUGGUGAACAUAAUAUCACCAGGCUCAACCCUUAACGCCUCCAACACAAACCAAGCCUGGUCCUCCCCAAACGGCACAUUUUCACUCGGCUUCAUCCCCAUCAACCCCCCUACCUCUCCACCGACCUUCCUAGCCGCCAUUGUUUACUCUGGAGGUAUCCCCAUCUGGUCCGCAGGCACCAUUCCCGUCGACUCUGCUGCCUACCUCCAACUCCAUCCCACAGAAGGCAACCUCCGGCUCGUCAGCGGCUCUGGCCAUACCGUCUGGGACUCUGCCACCGCCAACCUCGGUGUCUCCUCCGCCUCCCUCGACGACUACGGCAACCUUGUCCUCACGAGAAAUGGGACCAUCCAGGUCUGGGCUUCUUUCGAACACCCAACCGACACCGUCGUGCCGGGGCAGAAAUUUUCAACUCGUCACGUUUUGCGAAAUGGGUUGUACUCGUUUCGUCUUCUUAGUAAUGGUACUGUUAAUCUCAAGUGGAAUGACAGUACUGCAUAUUGGAGUCGAGGUACUUUUAAUUCUUCGAAUAACAGAACUUCGCCUACUUUAGGAUUACAGCCCACUGGUAUUUUGUCGGUUUCAGAUCCCACGUUGACUAGGGGGGCUAUAAUGGCUUAUAGUAAUGAUUAUAAUCAAUCAGGUGAGAUCUUCAGGUUCUUGAGGUUAGAUAGUGAUGGGAAUUUGAGGAUUUAUGGCUCUGAUAAAGGGAGUGGGAUUCAAACUGUGAGAUGGGUAGCUGUUGAGGAUCAAUGCAGAGUUUUUGGGUUCUGUGGGAACAUGGGAAUCUGUAGUUAUAGCGGUAAGAAUCCCAUUUGUAGGUGCCCCUCUCAGAAUUUCGAGCUGCUUGAUCCAAAAGAUAGCAGAAAAGGGUGUAAGAGGAAGGUGGCGACUGAGGAUUGUGCGGGGAAUUUGACCAUGUUGACAAUGGAACAUACUCUGUUCUUAACGUUUCCUCCUCAGAGUCUAUUUGCCGUCGAGGGCUCCGAGAUCUUUAUGGUGGGUAUAUCCUCUUGUAGGAUGAGUUGCCUAGUCAAUCCUACUUGUGAUGCUUCGACUAUAUUGUCAGAUGGGGGUGGCAUGUGCUACUACAAGAUGCCGGGUUUUAUCUCCGGGUAUACUAAUCCGGCACUCCCCAGCACUUCAUAUGUCAAGGUCUGCUCACCGGCGGUCCCAAACGCAUCGCCUUCUAUGCGGAGCGACGGUUGGAGGAUGCAUGCUUGGGCAUUAGCUAUGGUGGUUAUCGGGACCAUCUUGGGUUUGAUUGCCUUGGAGGGUAGUUUAUGGUGGUGGUGUUGUAGAAGCAGCCGCAAAAUCGGAGGAUUGUCUUUGUCAGCCAAAUAUGCUCUUAUUGAAUAUGCUUCUGGUGCUCCGGUCGAGUUCUCAUAUAGGGAGCUCCGGCGCUUAACCAAGGAGUUCAAGGAGAAGCUUGGAAGCGGAGGAUUUGGAGCUGUGUACAGAGGGGUUCUUGCUGACAGAACAGUUGUUGCGGUGAAGCGAGUCGAGGGGAUUGAGGAGGGAGAGAGGCAGUUUAGAAUGGUUGUUUCAACUCUAAGUUGCACCCACCAUUUGAAUUUGGUGAGAUUGAUUGGUUUUUGCUGUGAAAGGAGCCACAGGCUUUUGGUAUAUGAGUUCAUGCAAAACAAGUCCCUUGACAAUUUUCUUUUCCAAACAGAUGAUAAGCCGGGGAAAUUGCUGAAUUGGGAGACUCGGUUUAACAUUGCCCUUGGCACUGCGAGGGGCAUCACUUACCUUCACGAUGAGUGCCCUGAAAGCAUAAUCCAUUGCGACAUAAAACCUGAAAACAUUCUCCUGGAUAAGAACUAUUCUGCAAAAGUAUCAGAUUUUGGUCUUGCAAAGGUUGCUACUUUAAAGGACCAUAUAGAUUAUUUGGCACCAGAAUGGGUGCAGGAAAAUGCUGCAAUAACUUCAAAAGCCGAUGUUUACAGUUAUGGUAUGGUUUUGUUGGAGACAGUGAGUGGGAGAAGGAAUAUGGAAGUAUCUGCAGAAACGAAUUGGAAAGUAUUGUGGGCUUGGGCGUAUGAAGAGUUUGAGAAGGGUAAUGUGGUGGGAAUUGUUGACAGAAGGCUGGGUGGGCAAGAGGUGGAUGUGGAGCAAGUAAUGAGAGCCAUUAAAGUAAGCUUUUGGUGCAUCCAGGAGCAGCCAUCAGAGAGGCCAAGAAUGGGAAAAGUGGUGCACAUGCUAGAAGGCAUCACAGAGAUUCAUAGGCCGCCUCCCCCAAAGGCCCUCAAUACUCUGCUACCUACUGCAACCAUACUAAAUUGAAGAGCAUCAAAUCAACUUUCUUUCUUUAUCACAAUCAAUUGGUUUUUCGUUCUCUGUUUUUUUUUUUUUUUUUUCCUAAUCAAAGCGGGAGA